AUGGCGGAAAAUGGCCUUGAUACCAAUACGAAAGAACCGCCGAAAUCGUCCAAAAUUUCGAACGAUACUGAAAGUUUAGUGAAAGAUUUUGAGCAACUGUUGAAGAGCAGAAAAUUUUCUGAUGUUCUGUUCAUUGUUGGCACGAACGAACAAGAAUUUCGAGCUCACAGUUUGCUCCUAAAAGCAAGAUGUUUGAAAUUUCGGGAUGACAAAUGUUUGGAUACUCCUAUUUAUAAACAAAACUGGAGUUCGGAGGUUUUUGAGAAAGUACUUAAGUACAUUUACACAGGAAAGGUAUAAAUUUCAUUUGUAGUUGUGACACUGAAUUGUUCCAAAUUGAUACACGACUUAUUGUCCUUAUUGCAUUCAGUUAGUCAUUAUACUUUUGCAUGCUUCAUUGCUUUUAUAAAUCGUAAACAGUAGAAUAAGGCAAAAAAGUGAAAAACCGAAUAAAACACACUAUUUUGUAGCCUGAUUGAAGUGAGUACGAAAUCAAGCAUGACGGAUUGAUGCAUGCAUGCACGGUUCUUCAUACCUAAUUUUAGUGUGCAAUGAUAACCAAUUUGUGCAGUGAUAAAAAUGAAUGUGCAGUGAUAAAAUGUAAAAUGUACAGCAAUAAAAUUUGCUGUGAUAAAUUGUCAAUUUUAUGAAGAAAAUGAGGCAAUGAGCAGAAAUAUUAAUAAUCACUAGAAAGUAUUACUAAUCAAAACAUUUUUAACGAGAACAACUUGAAUGAAAUUGAAAUAAUGACUGCCAAUUUAUCGAACGUCAGCACUAAUAUUAUACUUAAUUAAGUUUCAUCAAAUGCUUUAUGAGCUUGGAUGUUGGUGUGAAUGAUCCUUAACUUUUUGUAAUUAUAUUAGUGUAUAAUCUUCAGGAUUCUAUAGAAUGUCCCCGCACAUUGAAAAAAGGGCCUUUGAGAGAGGCUAGAUUACAAAAUUUCUGUGGGUGCAUUCCCCUGGAACUCUUUUACAGUUUAUCACACCUAAGCCGCCUCGUAUUUGCCAAAACAAAAAUAUUUCGUUCCUGCAAGCAUAUGAUUAUCAAACUACGCUGUCAUAAAAAGUCGUAACAGCAAGUGCUGACAAGGCCGCCCAGAGAGAGGCAAGGGAGGGGGCAAAUUGAGCUAGACCCCAGUUAAAGGUGGCCCAGAAAAGAAUUACAUUGAAAUAUACAUAUAGGUAUAACUGCCAACAAACUUCCAGAAUGCAGGAUUUGGCCAUUUUUCGCACCUGAGAUUUCAAAAUUUUCCUUGGGAGAAUGCCCCCGGAUCCCCUCCAUCGUAGUCUUAGAAGAUGGAAUCACGAGGGGUCACAACUCAAUUUUUCCCCUGGGCCCCGGGCCCCCAAAUUUCCCUGGGGGGCGCUCUACAGUGCAUGUUGAUUUUGUGAUCAUUUUAUAUAUCAUUUGUAGCCUUCUUUUGGUUACACAUUACUAAAAAGUGUGCGUUCAGAAGUUUUGAGGGCGUAGCUUCUGCUCGGCUAAACUUUGCACAAAAAUGUGCAGUGAUAAAAAAUUCUUAAAAUUAGGUAUGCGGUUCUUAGUAAUGGUUCUAAUUUUUCAACUUCAAAAAGGACUUGAUUCUAAUCAAUAAUUUACACUGUCAAUAGACUCUACUGUUUACUAAAGCAUUAUUGCCCCAAUGGCAUGGUUAUUUCCUCAUAUUUCGUUCACUACAGGGUUAAGGAAUAGGAUAUGUUUUUGAUUGGGCUCAAUUUGACAAUUGGCUCAAGAUCAAAGCGAAGCAUAUAGUCUAAUAGUCGUGGGGAUUAACGUUCAUGCCAUGAUUUAGAACAGGAAGACAUGGGAAUCGGACUGAAUGAGGGCAUUGGGGCAAAAUUAUAAAUAUCUCAUAUGAAAUAUCUGUGGGAAAAAUGAGAUAUGACAGAUAUCUAUGGGUAAAAUGCAAUAAACAGUAAAGUCUAUUGCUUAUUUCCAAGCUUAUAGCUAUGAAUUUGAUAACAGGAGCGGAGAAUGUUUUUACAUGUUAACAAUCAUUGAAUAUGCUGCGUAACAGCUUCGUACCAGCAUUUAAAAUGUGCUUUCCUCUUUACCGUCUUCGGCUAAAAAAGUUUGUGUUUUUAUGAAAUUAUCGUUUUUGCAGAUUGAAUUAUCUUCAAAAAUUACGUUAGAGACCUUAAAAAUUGCUGUGGAGUUAAACAUAUCAAAGUUAAUAUCAAAAUGUCAAGAAAUUUUCCUGAAAGAAUUAUCGGUUGACAACUGUUGCGAGUUUUACAUGGAUGCAAUAAAUAUUUGCAACGACAGCAGUAUAGCCAGCGAGUUGGUUAAUACAUCGUGUCAAACAUUUAUUGAGGAGAAUGCUUCUGAUGUCGUUCACACAGAGGGAUUUCUUAAUCUUUCCAAAGAUGCCUUGACACAAUUGGUUUCAAGUGAUAAGGUAAGCCUCCCACAAACCCCCACUUUUCUUUAGGACCAAUUAUUUUAAUUCUUUCAAAACGGAGGAAAAACUGGGGAGGGGGUAACCUCUUAAUAUUCCGAGUAACCACGCCCGAUUAUAUCCCUCGGCCGAUUAUACCCCUCCCCCCAUUCUCGUACCCAGAGCCCUUCUUACGCGCGGUGCGACGAGGGGCUCUGGCCAUGCAAAUCAAUAUCUGAACAUAUCCGGGGAUUGUGAUGGUGAGGCGUCUGAAACUGAGUCGGGACUGGGUGAAUUAACAGUUGAUGUGGCUGAAGUGGAAAAUUACCUCAGAAAUUUAGACAUCACCAAAGCGAGUGGCCCUGACAAGAUACCAGCACGUCUACUAAAAGAAUGUGGUCGGCACAUUGCGCCUAGUAUCUGUGAAUUAUUUAACGUAUCCUUGCGUUUUGGACGACUUCCUGUAGAGUGGAAAUCAGCGAACGUGACACCAGUUCACAAGAAACAUCUGAAAGAACCAGCGGAGAACUACCGACCGAUAUCCCUCUUUUUUGCGCAUCAUUGCAAAACUAUUGGAACGUACGUUGCGUAUGUAGGCGACUAUACGAACACAUAA